AUGAGUGGAUUGACAGGAUUCCUUGUGAUGCUCUGCAUGUUGCAGUACUCAGAUGCUGCUGCUGUGAUCUUCACUGGACCAGCGGGAGUAGCGGGAAGUCCGGGAGUUUACACAGCAACAGUAAACGUGGUGGAAACGAGUGUCGAAACAGCCACACUUUUCACUGUGACGGCUACCCCGGACACUACCACAUUUGCAUUUACUGAUAAUGGGAAUCCAGACUCGAUUGCUACAAUCACUGACGGAGUAGUGAAACUGGCAGCCUCUAAAACCUUAGACAAGGAAACGAAAUCAUCAUACACGUUCACAAUAACCGGCACCAAUGCCCCGGAGUCUUCAACUUUAACUGUCACCCUUACUGUUACAAACAAGCUUGAGUUUGCAAAGACAAGCUACGCUGUUUGUGUAGCUGAUGGCACUGUUGAAGGGACUGUGAUUGGGACCUACACAGUUGUUGAUGCUGUUUCAGGAACAGACACCGUGACCUACAGUAAUGCUCCUGCUACAGACCUGAUUGUUGACGCCGCAACUGGCGUUCUCAAAGUUGCGACGGGCAAGACACUGACAAGCGCUACAACUGGCGGAUACAUAACAAUAAUCACUGCAGACCAGACUGGAACGAAUGCAGCAGCCUCAGCGGAUGGUACAACUGAAGUUAAGGUCACGGUCGGAGGGUGUAGUGGAACUGGCGCAUCGGUCACUGGUUGGACGGAGGCGCCGUUUACGUUAACUAACGGCCAAGGUACUGCAACUAUCACUGGUUCCGUGACAAUUAAGGUCGCAGAAAAUAUUGUCCCUGGUGACACCCUUUUCAGUGCGGUCGCUGCGGGUGCAAUUUCGUACACCAUAACGUCCGGCAACACCGGCAGUGUGAUGCAGAUCAGUGCAGCCGGUGUCGUCACGUUGGCUGCCGGAAAGAGUCUCGACUUUGAAACCACGCCUUCUUAUACCUUAGUUAUAACUGCAACGGGUGCAAGCGGGAGUCCGGGUGUCGCUAAUCUUACGGUCAACAUUAAAAACGUCCUCGAGUUCGGAAAGACUCAGUAUGACGUCUGUAUGGCCGACGGAUCGACCGCAGACACGACCGUAGGAACAUACACCGUGAAGGACAAUACCGGUGGAGCAACUGUUACCUACGCAAUUACAUCCGGGAACACAAACAGCGAUUUCACCUUUACUGCAGCCGGCGAGCUAAAGGUAUCAACUGGAAAGACGCUGGCUCAGAAAACCACCGAGCAAUACACGGUGGUGCUGGCGGCGACGGAAUCCGGAUCACCCGCAGUCGCUGACCUUGGAUCUACCACAGUCUCAAUUACCGUGGGCACAUGCGGAUGCUCUGCCGUGGCGGCGACAUUGGGGCUCACUUUGCUUGCGGUGGUCGUUGCCGUUUCCGCUUAAGGUGGCGCUUGGGGGGGGGGACGCUGACAGUCGUUGAAUGUCUGUGAUAUUGACAUUUAAUAACACUUUCAAAAGAUAUAGGUCUUACAUGUGUUUGUUUCUGACGUAUUAGUACGUUAUAUACUAAAUUACGUCAGGCGUGUAGACCACCUUGUAUAGCAAAUAGCGUAAAAUUAAAAUAAAGAACAUGUGUUAGUGUCUGGGUUAUACACUGUUAAUAUUUUUUCUUAAGGAACUUGGAAACGGGCAACAACUUUGGCUUCGUCGCGUUUACUUCCCUCAACAUUUACUUCUAUGUUGUUGUGUGUUUUUAUAUGAUUAUGCAUGUUUAUUUAAAUGUUGUAUCAUUAACACAUGUGAUACGUUUAUUUGGUGAGGGGUGCCAGUAUGAAUGUCUUCAGGGAUGUGACCUUUGGCAGCCUCUUACCGUCUAAACUUUGACUUUCGUCAUGCGCUUGGUUUGAAGUUGAUGUGUUAUUAACAAUAAAAAUGUGUGUUGAAGUUACAAA